AUGGAGACUGUUUCGUUGGAAACAACUACAGAAGCUACUGUUUCGAACUCAAACGAGUGCCAGCCGAAUCUUGAGUUGAGUGAUAAGCAGAAGAAUAGAUCGGGGAAAAAGAAGAAGAAAUCGAGGAAGAAGAAAAAUAAGCCGAAGAGCAAUGAUUCUCAUAUCAAUAACCAAACUGGGAAGGCGGAUGAGGCCGCUUCAUUUGAAGAGAGAAAGGAGGGGGAAACAGAGAAAACCACCAGUGAAGUUCAAGUUCAGUUUUCCGGGAAUUGUUUGUCUACAUUACCUAUAGCUUCAUGCCAACGAGCUUCAGUCUCACGCGAGGAGUCUGGAGUUACACUAGUUACUAUAGACCCAAUUUUAUCAACGAAAGAGGAUUCGGUACCAGUUGCUAAUAGGAAUGGUUCUAAUAGAAAAAAACCAAGGAGAAGAAAGAAGAAGAAAGAGGAUGCUUUGUGUGGAGAGAAAAUGUUGGGUGAAGAUUUAUGCCAACAAGCUCAGGAUUCAUGUGAAAAGCCUGAGGCUGCACAACUUCUUUCAGACCCAGCUUUGUCAACCCGAGAAGAUUCACAGCCAGAUGCUAUUAACAUGACUUGUUGUGGGAGAAAGAGGCAAAGAAGAAAAAGAAAGAGAGACAAAGAAGAAAGAGAAAGUGGUGUUGAAACAAAUUCAGAGGUUGCUACGAUAUGUGAUGCUAGGCACGAUUCUGAAGCUGAAGGAUCGAAAUUGAUGAGUAUUGAGGACAAAAGUGCUGCUGAUGUUGUGAUCAUUGGUCGUCUGAAAUCGAAGGAUGUUACAGUGGAACAACAAAUGGGCGCAGAUGUCAAAGCCAAUGAUACGGUGUCCCAAAUUCAAAAUCCUAAACGCAAGAAAAAGAAGAGGAGAACAAACAAAACAAUGGCGGUCUGCGACACAUUAGUAAAUGCUGUAGCAACCUCCAUGAAAAGCGGGUCAGUAGAGUGUAUGGAAACUGCAGGUGUGUGUGAUGUAAGGAGCAAAAAACGGAAGAGCAAGAAGAAGAAAAGGUCAUCGACAGAUCGGAGUACUGCAGAUAUGGAGGUCUGCGAUCCAUCAGGAAAUGCCUUAUUAGCCACCGUAGAAAGUGGAUCUGUAGACUGUUUGUUGGAUCAUUCAAACAAGGAAGUUUUGGAAAAUUGUGAUAGGAAUGCUGCACAAGAGUUUUUGGGCGAGGAUGGGACAAGUAGAACUGGAAAAUCCGCAACGGAAGAGAUACGUGAACUCCAGUAUCGUGGAACAUGCAAAGAACAGAGAAAAGAUGAAAUUGGUGAUUCUAAACAAAAGAGGAAGCGAAAAAAGAGCGAUAAGAAGAAAAAGUCUUGUGAAGAUUACGAAACUGAUAAUAUGGAUGAGAAGAAGGAUGAUGUUUCUGAACCUAGAAAUGAGGAAGAACUAGAAUCUGCCGAGGAAAAGCUUGAAACAUCUCUGUCAACUUCUGUCUUAAUACUCAAUAAUGUGGCUCAAGGUGUUGCUUCACCAGAAACUGGAGAUAUACCUAGAUGCUCAUGCGAAGGUAAAAGUACCAGAAAGUUGGUUGUAUUUGAUUUGAAUGGAAUCCUUGUAGACAUUGCUCGGGGGCAUACAGGUCAAUUUGUUCCAGAUGGUAAAAUAUCAGCCAGAUCAGUUUUUAGGAGACCUUUUGUUACAAGUUUUAUUGAUUUCUGCUUUGAGAGAUUUAAUGUUGGGAUAUGGUCUUCCAGGCUCAUUGGAUUGGAUUAUAUGACCAACGUUGUCAUGGGAAACUAUGGGAAAAAUCUGCUGUUUUGUUUCGAUCAGAGUAUAUGCAUUACAACAGGCUUCAAAACUCUGGAGAACAGCUCAAAACCUUUGUUCCUCAAGGAUCUAAGAAGAGUAUGGGACCGUUUUGGGGCAUGUCUCAAUUGUGGAAAACGAAAGUAUGAUGAGACAAACACUUUGCUUGUUGACGAUUCACCUGACAAGGCCUUGUGUAAUCCUCCGCACACUGGAAUCUUUCCUUUCCCGUACCAGUACACAGACCUUAAAGAUUGUGCAUUGGGACCUGAUGGUGAGCUAAGGAAGUACCUAGAAAGGUUAGUGGAUGCGGAGAACGUUCAGAAAUUUGUAGAGGAGAAUCCAAUUGGUCAGACUGCCAUAACUGAGACACACCAAUCAUGGGAUUUCUACUCUAAGGUCGUCAAGGCACAUAAAUCGAUCCAGGGGAAUUUUGACUAUAAGUAA